GUCGGUCUGAAUACUUGCAACCCUACUAAACUCUGUACUCGUUCAGCGCUCGUGUUUACGACGGGUGAAAAAAGAGUAAGAUUCAGAGUGAAAGCCCUACGAGUACAGCGCUAAGGUAAGACUUUGACUGAUGAAAGGGCACGGGGUCGGGCUGGGAGGAUGGGGGAGCUGUGUCGAGUCAAGGAGGGGAUGUGUGAUUCUGAUAGAAGAGCACGGCUGUGUAAGGUUAGGGAGUGGAAUGGAAUCCCAGCUUCGUUGCCCAAAGGAACUGCUCAGAUCAACAUUCUUCACGUGAAUUUGGUUGGCGCUGGGCAACAUCACGGUUGUGCAUUCAUCGCCUUGGUAUGAUAACAUAAAUUAAAGCUGCUGUAGUGAUCCGCUCAGAU